UAGUCAAAAUGAAACUCUUAGGGGUUAUAUUAACUUUAUUGGGGAUCUCUAGCGCUUUAAAUGAUACCUCAAAAAAUUUACACACAGCUGCUGGAUUACCAUUGGUUGAUUUAAUAAAACAUUUUGGAUACCCAGUUGAAGUUUACGAAGACAUCUUAACCGAAGAUGGAUAUUUAAUCACCAUGCAUAGAAUUCCUCGUGGUGUCACCGAUGUUCCAAGAAAAGGAGUAGUUCUUUUAAUGCAUUGUUUAACUUGUUCCGCAGCUAUUUUUGCAAUGUACGGCCCAGAUAAAGGUUUAGCCUACAUUUUAGCCGAUCAAGGUUACGAUGUUUGGAUGCCAAACGCGCGAGGAACCGAUUUUUCAAGGAAACACGUUUCUUUGAAUCCUGAUGAUAACACGGGAGCUUUUUGGAGAUUUAGUUUCCACGAAAUCGGUUAUUAUGAUAUCCCAGCUGCGGUUAAUGUAAUUCGUGAAAAUACUGGAGUUGAAAAAAUGUUGUAUGUUGGAUAUUCACAAGGAACAACUUCAUUCACUGCUAUGGCAGCUGCUCGUCCUGAAUACAACGACGUUUUUAGUUUAUCGGUUUUCUUAGCCCCAGGUACUUAUUUCGCUAAAAUGGAAAAUGAUUUUUUGCUUUUCUUAGCGAAAUACAUCGAUCCUUUAACCCAACUCGCCGAUAUGGUUCAAUGGUACGAAUUUUUACCUAAUUACCACCUUUUAGAACCAAUCGCUGAGUUCUGUAACGGAAUAGGCCAAGAAUUCUGCACAGAUUUCUUUUUAUGGCUUUUGGGUAUUUCGCCCGACACAGUUGAACAAAGUUGGCUCCCCGUUUUUGCAACAACAUACCCAGGUGGUUGCUCUGCAAACCAAAUCAUUCAUUACGGCCAACUUAUUGCUUCAGCUAAAUUCCGUCGCUUUGAUUACGGUUUAGUUGGAAAUUUAGGCGAAUAUGGCUCCACAACCCCACCUGAAUAUGAUGUUAGCAAAAUCACGGCACCCAUCGCGAUAUUUUAUGGAGCUAAAGAUGAAAUUGCUACUGCUGAUGUAGAACAAUUUGCAGCUGAUCUACCAAAUUUGGCUCUUUUGAACCGGAUUGAAACUUACAAUCAUUUCGAUUUUGUUUUAUCGAAGAAUGUUGUUAGCGAUGUUUAUAAUGAUGUGAUUGAUAUCAUGAGUCAAUAUGCUUGAGGAUUUUUUUAAUAAAUCUUUAAU